AUGUGGAAGUAGAGGGAAGGCUGUGAAACUGCUACAACCUACAACCACGGCGAAAUCCAUGGAAUCGGCCGUAUCGUAUCUAUCAGGCUUUGACGAUUUUACCGUGAUUUGGACAAAUUUUCUUCUACGAGCCCCUCUCCUGAUUUCUGUGCGUGAAACCGUGAAACGUAAUAUGGUAGUGAGAACAGGGAUUUGGCGAUAGCUGCGGUUGCCACAAACAACGAUACGGGAUGCGAAAUAGGUCGAUACGAGAAUGCGGCUGACUCAAAUCUGAUAUGUAGUGAUAUCUUCUGUUUGCAAGAUGUCUGCUUCUCUACUAAAGCGUGCUCUGAAUUUAUUCGACGACUUAGAAAAAGUAAAAGAGUGUCAAAAAUCGAAGAAGAAAGCCAGACACACGGUAGAUACAAACCGAUGGGGCAUCAAGAAGCGGAAAGAACAGCAAUUUAAGCAACGUACGAGUCGCAGAAAGGUUGUAGCAAACGAAGAAAAGCGAACUAGAGCCAUCAUUGAGGAGCUCAGACGAGAGAAGGCCACCGACAAGACCGAAGACAACAUUAAAAUGUUCAAAAAAUUGUCUAAUGGUUGCCAAAAAAUUGAUAUUGCCCAACUGCAUACAAGGAUGCACGGAUCGAGUAGCCGAGGGAGUGAAGCAGAAAAAUCGACAGUUUUCACGGACGAGGAUUUCCGUCGCUUCGAGGAAGAAUACCACAUUUCUUAAUGAUCUCUAAAUAAAAGCACGUUUUGGAACAAG